AGAAUAAUAAACUGGCAACAUUAUUAUAAAAUUGACACCGAACGGUGAGGUAGACUCAUUUUCUGUUUUCAGACCUUAUUUAUUCUGAAAAUUACGCGAAUUUCGUGAUAGUUUGCAGCAGUUUACACCAGUUUGAUGCCUAAAUUUUACUGAGGGCAGCAUAUUGCAGAGGGCUGUAUCGGCGCAGUGUUACAACAGCGAUGGUAAUGGAGGCGUCCCCGUCCCCGCAGAGCGUUGGCCGCGAGUUUGUCCGCCAGUACUACACGCUGCUCAACAAGGCGCCCGCCCAUCUGCACAGGUUCUACAACAACUACUCGUCGUUCGUGCACGGCGGGCUGGACGCACCCAACCGCGAGACGUUGCCCGUCGUCGGUCAGAAGCAGAUCCACAACCGCAUCCAGCAGCUCAACUUUCGCGACUGCCAUGCCAAAAUCAGCCAGGUGGACGCGCAAGCGACACUGGGCAAAGGCGUGGUGGUGCAGGUGACGGGCGAGCUGUCCAACGGCGGGGCGCCCAUGCGUCGUUUCACGCAGACCUUCGUGCUGGCCGCGCAGUCGCCCAAGAAGUACUACGUGCACAACGACAUCUUCCGCUACCAGGACAUCGUCUUCUCCGACGAAGAGGGCGACGGAUCCGGCCGGUCCGACGCCGAGGAGGAGGACACGCAGCCGAACACUUCGGGCGGCUACUUUCCGCCGCCGCCCGCCGCCUGCCCGCGGGCGGCCAGCACGAAGCGCAUCGGCUACUCGCUCGGUCAGUUCGGCGAUCUUAUCGGAGCACGCUCGACUCGCGAGCGGCCGGCCGAUCAUGCCCAAUUCGGUGAAUCGUCGUCGGUUCGAGUUCAUAUUAUGAAUAAACGCCGCAUCACUCUGGCUACUCGCGAUUGCUCCAUCAGACACCGAAUCGAGUCAACUUGA